ACUGAGGGUAGCUUCGUAACUCCACAUUCUCGUAAACCUAACGCUUCUUGUCUUCUACAACGUCGUUUCGUAGCAUAUUUCGCCUGAACUGAUCUCCAUGCCCGACUCUCUCCUCUUUCCUCUCUUGAAUCGCUAAAUUAGGGUUUUUCUGAUCCAAAGUCUUGAACCCUAAUCUCAAUAAUUAGGGUUUUUCCACGACGAAGUUUAAGUCCUACUGUCACCCUUGAUGAUCACGCAAGACCUCUCUGCUCGUCUUCCAACCUUGCACCUUCAAGCUCGCCCAACUUCAAACUUUUGUGCGUGGUCGAUUUGGGAUCCCGAUUCAACAAGUUCUGACAUUUUUUCUGCUAAUUGCAGCUAAAGCUACAGUUUUUCAGCCUCUAUCUUGCGAUACCCUCCCAAUUUCGACACCGCAAAUUCGCAAAACAUCAGAAACCAUCCAGUGUCUGUGCUUUGGAUCCAUGGACCUUGAUGGGGGCAACAAGCGCGUGUACCAACGAUUAGGUGGACCCUCAGGGGACUCGAAGCAUCAGAAAGUGUGCUAUCACUGGCAAGCUGGCAAGUGCAAUCGUCACCCAUGCCCUUUUCUUCAUAGCGAGUUGCCAACUCCCAAUGUUAAUGGUACCUCUUCGAAGAGGCCUCAUGGUUCUGCUGACAAUUCCGGAUUUUCGGGACAUCGCCGGAACCCUCACUUCAACAACACAUGGGGUCGCGGUGGUGGUCGUGGUGGCGGUCGCGGUGCCAGUGGUGGAGUUGUUGGUGGUGACAUGAGUGUAGUUAGGAAGGCUGAUAAAGUUUGUAAUUAUUGGAUUCAGGGGAAUUGUAAUUUUGGUGAGAGGUGUAAGUUCCUUCACUCUUGGAAUACAGGGGAUGGGUUUUCUAUGUUGACACAGCUUGAAGGCCAUCAGAAGGUUGUUAGUGGAAUUGCCUUUCCUUCUGGCUCGGAUAAGCUUUAUACUGGAAGUACUGAUGAGUCUGUAAGGGUUUGGGACUGCCAGUCUGGAAAGUGUGUAGCUGUGAUCAAUCUUGGUGGUGAAGUAGGUUGCAUGAUCAGUGAAGGUCCUUGGGUUUUUGUAGGCAUACCUAAUUUUGUGAAGGUCUGGAACACACAAAAUUCAAUGGAACUAAGUCUAAAUGGUCCUGUUGGACAAGUUUAUGCACUUGUUGUGAAUAAUGAUAUGCUCUUUGCUGGUACACAGGUAAAACACACACUCUCUCUCUCUCUCUCUCUCUCUCUCUCUCUCUCUCUCUCUCUCUCUCUCCUGCGUGAUGUAUAUGUUAUAUUCCAAGGCAUGCUUUAUUUCGUGAGGCAGUAUUCCAUGUCUUGGUUGGAGAUUAACUUGUUGGUACUUUAAGGCCUGACUGAUCAAAUGGGAAGUGCAUGUCUUCUUUUAUACACACUAUUUAUUCAGUGGCAUCUUUUAAGGCGACUAAAUGUACAUACACUAGUUUGGAAUG